AUGGCUACAGAGCUCCUCUUGAUCACUUUCUUCUCAUCUCCGAUCCCCCUAAUCACUCUAAUAAUCACCUUGCUAAUUAUGAUUAUCUUCCGGCGGAGAAUAACUAGCCACCAAGAAAACAAGUACCGGAAUCUCCCUCCCGGCCACCUCGGCGGCUGGCCGUUCAUCGGCGACACCAUCCCCUUCAUGCGACCACACUCCUCCGCAAGUCUGGGCGAGUUCGUCGACCAACAAAUCGCUCGGCAUGGGAAGAUCUUUAAGGUGAAGCUAUUCGGAAAGCCGACGAUCGUAUCGGCUGAUCCCAGCUUGAAUAGAUUCAUAUUGCAGAGCGAAGAGAGGCUGUUUCUGUGUAGCUAUCCGAAGGGCGUUGAAAAUAUAAUGGGGAAGUGGUCAAUGCUGGCUUUGACGGGAGAGAUCCACAGAGAGAUGAGAUCCAUUGCUCUCAGUUUCAUAAGCAAUCUUAAGCUCAAAGCUGACUUCCUCUUAGACAUCGAAGAGCAGGCGGUGCAGAUCAUUAGUGCCUGGCGUGAGAACAUCACCUUCUCUGCUCACGAGGAAGCCAAGAAGUUUGCUUUCAAUCUAAUGGUGAAAUACUUGAUGAGCAUGAACAUGAGCAUGCCAGAGACAGCACAGCUGAGAAAGGAAUACACCAAUUUCAUGAAUGGAAUGGCCUCUAUUCCUAUUAAUUUGCCUGGAACAGCUUACAGGAAAGCCUUACAGUCAAGGUCGGUAAUCCUGAAGAUAAUUGGAGAUAAAUUAGAUGAGAAAGUAAAAAAUAUCGAAGAAGGAUUGCAAGGAGAUGAUGACCUUCUUGCUUCAGUGGUCAAGAACACAGAUCUCAAAAGAGAACAGAUACUUGAUCUAAUACUCAGUAUCCUCUUCGCUGGCCAUGAAACCUCAUCUGCUGCUAUUUCCUUGGCUAUCUAUUUCCUGCAAUCUUGCCCCAAAGCUUUACAGCAAUUACGGGAAGAACACAGCAAGAUUUCGAAGAGAAAGAUGGAAAUGGGAGAGACAAGGUUGAACUGGGAUGAUUACAAGAAGAUGGAAUUUACAAAAUGCGUAAUUAACGAAACCCUGAGGCUCGGAAACCUUGUCAAGUUCUUGCACAGAAAGGCCAUUAGAGAUGUUCAGUUCAACGGAUAUGACAUUCCUAGCAGCUGGGGAGUCAUUCCCAUAAUCUCAGCCGAACAUCUCGACCCUUCAAUUUAUGAGGAUCCCCAGCAAUUUAAUCCUUGGAGGUGGCAGAAUAUUAUACUGAGCAAUGUUUCGAAGAACAAUAUGAUUAUGUCUUUCAGUGGAGGCCCUCGCCUUUGCCCAGGAGCUGAGCUUGCAAAGCUGGAAAUGGCUAUGUUAUUGCACCAUCUUGUUCAAAAAUAUGAGUGGGAGCUUGCAGAGAAGGACUUUCCUGUCUCCUUCCCCUUUCUUGAAUUCCCUAAUGGCUUGCCUAUCAAAGUCCACUUUGUCUAA